GCGGGAACAGAUUGGGAAAAAGCCGGGGCUGGGGGACAGGUCUCGGGGCUCGUCGGUCUAUGACAAGUCUAGGAAGUGUUCCUGUUGGGCUCUUGGGUUCUGUUUGUUCUCCUGAGGUUUUACGUCGGUGUGGAGAAAAAGAACUGAUCGGAUAUAUUGUAUUUCCUCUACAAGUGAAACCAAGGCAGUCUAAAAUAGCCUAGACAUCUUUAGACUGCCUUGGUGAACCUUAUUCUUGCCAUCUUUCUAACAGGGUGAAGGAAAGCCAGCCCUGAUUGAAGACUAAGUAACAUUUUUUUUAUAUAUAUCUACCAUUUCUGUUGUCUACCCCUACGAGUAUUAUUACAUUAUUCGUCUAGUUGGUGGAACACCUACGUUAACAAUUCUACAAAAGUUCGUGUAAAACAACUCCAUAAUGACGGAUGUGAAAGAGGAUAAUGGUGAUGAGUGUGAGUUAGAUCUAUUGGAAGCGUUAUUGGAUGACCCUGAACCCGGUGAGACUAAAGAGAAUUCCAUCCAGUUGCAAGCAGGUGCUGAAACAGACAUCAAGUCAAAAGACCUCUUUGGAGACACUGAUUCAUCAGAUGAUGAAGAUAAUCGUAAUUUUGAAAAUCAAAAGUAUAAUGAUUGUGGGAGAAAUAUAAGAAAAAUCAUUAAAAGCAAUGAAGUAAGUGGGAAGUUGUCUCUGUUCCUGGGAGAAACAAAAUCAAGAAGUACAGAUACAACAUGGAAGUCCAAAGUUCAAGUAGAGAGUAUGAAAACACCCAACAAAACUGUUCAACAGAAGUUGGAUGUCUACAGUGAUCCUGUUUUUGGUAUCAGAAUGAUUAACCCUUUAAUAACAUCUAGACAGUUACAAGAAAAAAUGAUGGGGCGUACGGCAGUGACAAUGGCUAAUAUUAAACGUCAUAUUGCCAAUGGUGGUACUGAAAGUGAUUGGGUCAUCGCUGGAAUAGUUGUGCAGAAGUCUCCCAUUAGAACUUCACAAAAAGGUUCUCAGUACUGUGUGUGGAAAAUUAGUGACCUGAAAGGAGACUUAAAAACUGUAUCAGUUUUUUUCUUUCGAAAUUCUCAUAAAAAUUUAUGGAAAACUGCAAUUGGUACUGUGGUGGGUAUACUAAACCCUCGUGUUAUGGAAGACAGUAAAGACAGUGAUGAAGCCACAAUUUCUGUUGAUAAUGCCCAGAAAGUCAUGAUUUUGGGAGUUUCUAAAGAUUAUGGAAUAUGCAAAGCAAAGAAGAAGAAUGGUGAACCCUGUUCUGCGUUUGUGAAUAUAAGUAAAUGUUCAUUUUGCAUAUAUCAUGUUCAGCAAGAAUACAAGAAGUGCUCUCGACGUUCAGAUUUGCAAUCCACUGGGUUGGGAAAUGGCCUUACUGCUUUGAGAAAUAAAGUAUUGGGCAAAAAUGAGGUUUUUUAUGGAGGUCAAAGUUUUAUGGCGACUCCUAUUCCAGCAACUGUCAAUAGGAAGCAGUGUGCAAAGGACAAACAGAAACUUGAUUCUCUGUCUCAAUCUAAAUUAUGCUUUUCGAAGGGGCAAGAUUUCCCUAGUAAUCCAAAUCUAAAGGCCAUGUUAAGGGAAAAACAACAGCAAAAGUCAUUCUCUCAAAAAAUGCGGGACAGAGAUGUUCUGAACUCUCUUCAAAAAGGAGGGGUCAUGGACAAACCUGAAAUUCGUGAAUCCGCCUUGCAAAGUACUGAAAAUACAAAAUGUGAUUUAAAAUCUCAUCCAAAAUUGAGUGCAAGUGCCGAAGUUGAUUUAUCAUUACCUGUGAACAAAUUCCUUGUGAGCAAAGCAAAGAUUACUGCAAUGCAAUGGGUGAAAAAGAAUGGAAAAUUUGACAAAGCUGAUCCCAAUGAAGUUCGGAAAAAGGAAAGCUCAAAAAGACCCCAUAAUGAAAACUAUCCUCAAGAUAGAGCUGCAAAAAUUCUAAAAUUAAACAAUCAGGCUCAAGACAAGGAGAAAGAUGUGCAGAGUACAAAGCCUGCCUUUUCUUCCAAGUUCAUGGAGUUGCUUGCUGUGAAGUCCAAGCACACAAAUCUUGUGGAUGGCCAGGAUGCUAGUGCUCAAGAGGAAUAUUUCAAUUUGUUGGAGAAGAAAGAAAAAAUGGAAGAGAAAAUGUUAACAACAUACAAAGUACCAUGUAAAGCAGUUAGAUGUUUAAAAUGCAAGUAUACUGCAUUUUCGGCUUCUGAUCUGUGCAAAAAUGAAAGACAUCCUUUGAAGGUUAUGGAUUCAUUUAAACGAUUUUUUCGUUGCAAGUCUUGUAAUAAUCGCACUGUUACUUUGGAACUUAUACCGCUGUUGACAUGUAAACAGUGUGGAGGAUCUCAGUGGGAACGAGCUCCUAUGAUGAAGGAAAGAAAAGUAAAUAAUUUGCAUAUUCAACCCUUGUCUAUUCGGGGUGGUGAAGAAAAAUUCAUUGGUUCUCUGCAAUCUGAGGGAAAUUUGAAUCUUCUUGUACCUGAGUGAAGAAGACUGAAACAAAAUGUAAUAAUGCAUAAUGUAUUAAAAAAGACAUUUGAAUCAAGGAAAGCUUCUAAUUGGAAUGAUGGAGAGCAAGAAUUACAAAGGGGUUUAAAUUCAAGAUAUAAAACAAAGGUUUCGUGUAUUUGUGUUUUUUAUCCAGUGAGAAGAAUGUGUGAAUUUCUCUCCAGACUUUGUGAGACUGUCAAAAACAUUUCUCCAAUAUGCCAAAUAAUUUUAACUGAAUUUUAAUCAUAAGAUCAAAGUUGUUUUUUAUAAAUUGUACAUUUAUUGCAUCAUACUUUAUACAAUAAAGAAGUUUAUGUGUUCCUAUCUUAAUACUAUAUGUCAUUUUGACAGAUACUGUUUUUAACCCCCACAGCAGGGAUUGUAAAUUCUAAUCACCAACCCAAACUUUUUCUUUUUCAUUUGUUGAUAAUUUAGCAGUAUACAUUGUUAGCAUUGUAUACAUAGCAGUAUUACAUUGGAUACAUAGCAGCAUUGUUUCUUUUGAUCAGUAUAUUUUUGUGACACAGUGUUUUGAUGAUGAUUAUAAUUACUAGAGUUCAGUUUUAGAGCUCCAUUGUCUGAAAGAAUGCAUCAUGAGAAAAUAAUUAACUAUGAAUCUGGACAGGUAAUCAAUUUAAUCAAGUAGGUGAAAGUAAUUUUUAUUGCACUUCUGUUGUUUUUAUUAUUACUGAAAAUGCAUUUAAUUUGUUUUUAAAACAUCUCUGGAUUUAGAUCGUAUAAACAUGAAGUCAGGAGAAAAAUAGGUUGCGAAAACAGAAUGUUGCAUAUAAUGUGAAUGAAAGGAUACCCGUGAGAUGUUGAAGUGUAAUAUCUUUUAACUUUCCCUGUAAACAAUAUUCAACUUGCAUAAGUCGUAAGUGUGAAAGUGAUGAU